CGCAACUGAAUCAUGGGAAAGGCUCAGAAGAAAACGGGGAAGGGGCGCCUGGACAAGUACUAUAAGCUUGCAAAAGAGCAAGGAUACCGCGCCCGUUCAGCAUUCAAAUUGAUACAGCUGAACAAAAAGUAUAACUUCCUAGAAUCUGCCCGAUGCUGCAUAGAUUUAUGUGCAGCGCCUGGAGGGUGGCUGCAGGUAGCGAGUAAAUAUAUGCCUGUGAACAGCGUAAUCGUCGGCGUCGACUUGGUGUCCAUAAAACCUAUACCACGAGUGGCUACCUUCGCUGCAGAUAUCACCACUUCCCGUUGUCGAAACCUCCUUCAUGAUGAGCUGAAGGAUUGGAAGGCUGACGUUGUCCUCCAUGAUGGUGCUCCUAAUGUCGGUACUGCUUGGGUGCAGGACGCAUACAGCCAGUCAGAACUCGUGCUCAUGAGUUUGAAAUUGGCUGUUGAGUUCCUCAUCAAAGGAGGAACCUUCGUUACAAAAGUUUUCCGGAGUGUGGAUUACAACAAUUUGAUCUGGGUGUUCAAUCAACUUUUCGGAAAAGUUGAGGCAACGAAACCGCCGUCAUCACGUAAUGUUUCCGCUGAGAUCUUCGUUGUGUGCCGUGACUUCCUUGCACCCAAGCAUAUCGACCCCAAAUUUCUCGAUCCGAAGCAUGUUUUCAAAGAUCUUGCUGCCUCAGAUCCUGCAGGCGACAAGGGAUCCUCAGCAAACAACAUGCAAGCUAAUGUUUUCCAUCCGGAGAAAAAACGUCGAAAGCGGGAUGGUUAUGCUGAUGGAGAUUACACCCUUUUCACAAAAGUGGGCAUUGCGGAAUUUGUAAAAUCGGUAGACCCGAUUGCCGUCCUUGGCUCAGCGAAUAGGAUCUAUUUCGAAACGGAGGAGGAGAAAGAAUGGGCCGCUUUGGAUAUCACGACACCGGAGGUCAAGGCGAAUCUUGACGAUCUCAAAGUCCUUGGAAAAGGCGACUUCAAGGCACUGUUGAAAUGGAGAACGGCACUUCGAGAGGAGAUUGGCUUGGAAGUCAAGACCAAGCACGCUGACGAGAUCACUGAGACGGUCGAGAUCACUGAGGUGGUUGAUGAGGAAGAGGAAAUUCAGAAAGAGCUUGAACGACUCCAUGCCAAAGCAGCUGCACGAACAAAGCGCGACCGACGGAGAGCCAAUGAAGCUAAACAGAAGACAAUUCAACGCAUGCAGUUGCAAAUGGUCGCACCCAUGGAUAUCGGUAUGGAACAGACAGAUGCGGCGUUGGGCAUCGGGCAGGAGGAUAUAUUUGAUCUAGGCGAUGCAGAGCGGGGCUUGAAGAAAGGCGGUGUCUUGAAGUUUGCUGUCCGUGGUGAGGAGGAUAGUGAAAGCGAAGAGGAGGCAGAGAUUGGCGAGAGCGACUACGAGGCAUUGGAUUCAGACGAGGAACGGGAGAAGAAGACCCGGUCAUUGGAGGUAGAUAUGGAUGGGCUGUACGAUGCCUACCGAGAGAGGCUGGCGGAACGGGAUUCCAAGUUCAAGGUGAAGGAGGCCAGGAGGAAGAACAAGGAGCGGGAGGAGUGGCAUGGUAUCAAGGAGGACGGAAGUGGAAGCGAGGACGAAGACAGCGAAGAGGGUGGCUGGGAGGAGGUGCAGCAAGCAAAAGGGAGGGACGAUUCGUCGUCUUCUGACGAAGACAGUGAUGAAGAUGGCGAUGAGCCAAUGGACACCGUAGGGCAAAAACGCAGCAGGCCACGAGAAGCCGAAGAAAGAGAGAAGAAAAAGCCCCGGUUAGUCUCGAAGCUUGAAGACCCCAAAACCUCCGCUAGCGCAAGUCGUGCAACAGAUCUCUGGUUCAGUCAAGAUAUCUUCAAUGGACUGGAUCCUCUGGAUGACAUCAAGGACGAAGAAUCCGACGAGUCCGACUGCGAUACUUCGGCGAAAGAGGAGAUGUCUGCUGGUAAUGACGACGACUUCGAGGUUGUUCCCCAAAACUCGGAUACUGAUACUGAAAUGUGGGAUGCAACCGAGGAGAACGAGGAUGAAGUAAAACAGAAGCACAUUCAAAAGCACGGUUUACUUACCGCGGAGGCCAUCACAUUAGCCCAGCAACUCGUAAACCGUGAACGUACGAAGACAUCCAUGAUCAAUGACGGCUUCACACGUUACUCGCUCAACUCAAAAGAUGAUCUCCCCUCUUGGUUCUUGGACGAUGAGUCUAAACACUAUGUGACAAACAUUCCCAUCACCAAAGAUGCUGUUAGAGCUCUGCGAGCGAAGCAACGAGCCCUUGACGCGAGACCGAUCAAGAAGGUGGCGGAGGCGAAGGCGCGGAAAAAGUUCAAGGCGGCACAGAGGCUGGAAAAAGCCCUGAAGAAGGCUGAAGGCGUUACUCAGACAAGUGACAUGUCAGAGCGCGAGAAGGCACAGCAGGUCGAGAAAGUGAUGCGCAAAGGUUUAUCGAAGGCCAAGCGGGAAAAGAAGGACAUCAAGGUGGUGGUUGCGAAGGGCGUUCACAAAGGUGUUCAAGGAAGACCCAAGGGUGUCAAGGGACGCUAUGCCAUGGUCGACUCUAGGAUGAAAAAAGAGGUUCGCGCCAAGAAACGAAAGGAAAAAGAGAACAAAAAGCGUAAACGUCCUUGAGUUGAUCCCUUGGCUUUUCUAUUCCUUGCAUCUUGAAGUAUGGCAUGCUGGUGUGGAGAUGGGUUAUGGGAUAUUAUAUUCUCUUAGUCUACGUCGACGUGGUUCUCUUGGUCUACGAUAACCUGGAGCCACCGUGGUUUAGCGAGGAAAACUCUUUCCGUUGCUC